ACCCCCCAACAGUACACAUUGUUAUUGUACUCCUGGACAAACACACCUCAUUCAACUGAUUGAGGGCUUGAUGGUUAGUUGACAAGCACAAUUAUUGUGUACUGUUUUGGGGUACUCGAGGACCAGGGUUGGGAAACACUGGACCAGAUAAUUUCCUGGGUUGCUGCCCGCACGUACUGAGGCGAACAGAGGCUGAGGAGAGAAUAGAGAUGCCUGCCUGGGGUAUUCCUUACACAUGUUCCAGGGCAGCUUGCCCCUUUCUCUUUUCUUCUAAUAUUCACCAGAUUCCCGGGAUUUUUUCUAAGGCAAAUCUCUGCUCGGGACACAGGCAAGAUUUUAAAAGGAGCGAGAGAUCCUAUCAUCAGUCAAUGCUGUGGACUGAGGAUAGUGUGGUGGGGGAUUUGAUGGGCCAGCCUGAGCUAUGGCUCAUGGGAAGAAGCCAGAGAAGAUCAUCAGAAUCCUGAGGCCCAGCCCUCUGUCCUGCCCUGGUCCCAUAGGAUCCACAGAAGAGUCUAAUGAAGGACCUCAUAAUGAAGGACCUCAGAAAGAAAAACCACAAGGUUUGAGGAGUAAGGGCCGUCCGCCCUGCCCUGGCCCCUUAUCCACAGGGGAACCCACUGAUGAAGGACCCCUGAGUCUGAGCAGCAAAGGUCCAACUGAAGAACCUCAUAAUGGGCCUCAGAGUCUGAAUAGUGAGGACCUUCCUCAGCACUCUCAGAGCACCAGCAUUGGAGAGCUGGACAAUAACAAUGAUGACAGGACCCCUGGGCCUGCAGCACCUGUCUCUGUCCCUGCUAGUGCAACACAGGCUCACCCAAACCAAGACCACAGUCACCUGACUCAGGCCCAGAACUACCCUCGGCAGCCAGAUGCCCAGGCCCAGGCCCAGGCCCAGGCCCAGGCCCAACCGCGACAGCCCCAGCAGCAUUGCAGAGAGAGUCCAACCAGCCCCAGUGCCACUCUUAACCAGCCGUGUAGGAUUAGUCCCUCCAGUUCACCUCUUCCUGUCCCUGCUACACCUAGUGUCUCCUCUGAGCUGUCGCUGAACCAGCCCGGUGACACCACCCUCCCUGACAGCAUGGAGGAUGAGGAGGAGGACAGCUGCUCAGAGUAUGACAACGUGGGUUCGGACGUGGAGGGUGUGGAGCAAGACAUUGAUCAGGUACUACAGGUGGAAGACCAGGGUAUGAAGGUGAGGUGUUACAAACACUAUCCUGAGCCUCAGGAUGGAAGCUAUGUAGAGAGUGAGGAUGGCAUCUAUGUGGAACACCAAGACAGAACCUACGUGGAACACCAAGACAGAACCUACGUGGAACACCGAGACAGAACCUACGUGGAACACCGAGACAGAACCUACGUGGAACACCAAGACAGAACCUACGUGGAAUGUGAAGACAGACCUUACAUAGAUCACAAAGAUGGAACCUAUGUAGAAGGUGAGGAUGGUACCUAUGUGGAGGGGAACAGCCUGGAGGGGGAUGGGAGCAGCACUGGACAAUGCAAACACACCAGGUCACUGUACGGACCUGAGUCUGAGGAAAUGGUUAUGUAUAAUGAAAGACUACGACAAGAGACAGAUACAAAUCUCUGUAGCUCUUCUGAGCAUCAGUUCAGUGACAAUCCAUGUCAUGCCCUCAAGGCUGGAGACGAGGAGGAGAAAGGGAAGGUGGAGGUGCACGAGGAGGAGGUGGAAGAGGAAAAGGAGGUGGAGGGAUGA